UUUUUUUUAAAAUAAUUGCAGGUUUAUGGAAGGUUGCAAGUACAAUCAAAGAGCUUUCCCCCUGAAUCGUUUGAAAGGAAAUUUCAAAAAUGUUUCAAAUUCCUGUGGAAAAUCUUGACAACAUCAGGAAGGUACGAAAAAAGGUGAAAGGCAUUCUGGUGGAUAUUGGGCUUGACAGCUGCAAGGAAUUGCUGAAGGACCUUAAAGGCUUCGAUCCAGGAGAGAAGUACUUUUAUAACACAUCAUGGGGAGAUAUUUCUCUCUGGGAGCCUUCUGGAAAGAAAGUGAGAUAUCGAACAAAGCCAUACUGUUGUGGCCUCUGUAAAUACUCUACAAAAGUGCUUACUUCGUUCAAAAAUCAUUUACAUCGCUACCAUGAGGAUGAAAUUGACCAAGAGCUGGUGAUCCCUUGCCCAAACUGCGUAUUUUCCUCUCAGCCCAAAGUGGUGGGACGGCACUUCAGAAUGUUCCAUGCGCCUGUCCGGAAAGUGCAGAACUACACAGUGAACAUCUUAGGUGAGACUAAGUCAUCCCGGAGUGAUGUCAUCAGUUUUACGUGUUUAAAAUGUAACUUUUCAAACACUUUGUACUACAGCAUGAAGAAGCAUGUGCUGGUAGCCCAUUUUCACUACUUAAUAAACUCCUACUUUGGCCUACGAACUGAAGAAAUGAGUGAGCAACCCAAGGCCGAUGGUCCCCCUUCUGCGGAGAAGAUGCCGCCCUCUGACAAGUAUUACUGUAAAAAGUGCAGCGCCAACGCCAGCAGUCAGGACGCGCUGAUGUAUCACAUCCUGACGUCUGACACACACAGGGAUCUGGAAAAUAAGCUCAGGUCCGUGAUUUCAGAGCACAUCAAGAAGACCGGACUUCUGAAGCAGAUGCACAUCGCUCCGAAGCCCGCUGCCCACCUGGCCUUGCCUCCCAGCGGCAGUGCUCCGGGCAUCCCUGCCACGCCCCCCUGCUUCCAUCUUGCCUUGCCGCCCAGCAGGCAGAGUCAGACUGCCGUCCAGCCAGUUCAGGGCUCAGUCCAGCCAGUGACACUGGCCUCGGGCACUUCUGGAAGCCUCACCCAUUCUCCGCCUGCCACUGCCCAGUCUCAUGUGACUCUGGUCUCCAGUCCACUGUCCGGAGGCCAGAGCAGCCUCACUGUGCCUCCCUCAGGGCCGCAGCCUGUCUUCCUCUCUCAUGGAGUCCCCCUUCCUCAGUCAGCAAAUCCUCCUGUGUUGCCCUUGAGUCAGCCAGUUGGACCUGUCAGUAAGUCUGCUGGAACUGGUGUCCUCCCCAUAAACCAGACCAUCCGCCCAGGGGUUUUAUCCCUCAAUCAGCCUGUUGGGCCCGUAAGCCGACCGGUUGGGUCUGGAGUUCUUUCGGUAAACAGACCUGUUGGGUCCACUGUCCUUCCUGUCAGUCCAUCUGUCACCCCUGGGGUUCUUCAGGCAGUCUCUCCAGGGGUGAUUUCUGUGAGUCGGACUGUCCCGUCAGGUGUCCUUCCUGCAGGCCAAAUGACUCCUGCUGGGGUUAUCCCUUCAGGACAGACAGCAACUUCUGGGGUUCUUCCUGCUGGACAGAUGGUCCAGUCUGGGGUUCUCCCCAUCGGCCAGACGGCCCCGUCAGGGGUUCUCCCCCCUGGGCUGACAGUCCCAUCACGGGCACUCCCUCCUGGCCAGACGGUCCCCCUGCGGGUUCUUCCUGCAGGCCAGGUGGUCCCACCUGGGCUCCUUCCUCCCAACCAGACAGUCUCGUCAAGCAUUCUCCCUGGGAACCAGGGUGUGAAUCCUGGUAUGCUGCAUCUCAGCCAGCCGGUCAUGUCAGGAGUUCUUCCUGUGAGCCAGCCAGUGAGGCCUGGGGUCCUACAACUUAACCAGUCUGUGAAUACCAGCAUUCUGCCUGCCGGUCAGCCAGUUAGGCCUGGUGCUUCACAAAACACAGCUUUCCUGACAUCAGGCUCCAUUCUCAGGCAGCUGAUACCUACAGGGAAGCAGGUGAAUGGGAUUCCCACGUACACACUUGCCCCGGUAUCAGUCACUUUGCCUGUGCCACCUGGAGGUGUUACAGGUGUUGCCCCACCCCAGGUACCCAUCCAGCUCCUGCAGCCGGGUGCAGCCACGCAGAUGGCCAGUCCCAUGGCCGGCAUGCCCUCUCCCCCAGUGGUGGUGAAUGCAGCUCCAAAUGUGUUCAUUCAGCCCUCCUCCUCUGCAGCAGAGGCGGGCCCGGUGCUCAAACAGGCAAAGCAAUGGAAAACCUGUCCAGUCUGCAACGAGCUCUUCCCUUCCAAUGUCUACCAGGUUCACAUGGAAGUGGCUCACAAGCACAGCGAGUCCAAAUCUGUUGAAAAACUGGAGCCAGAAAAACUGGCUGCAUGUGCACCAUUUUUAAAGUGGAUGAGAGAGAAGACAGUUCGGUGUCUCUCUUGUAAAUGCUUGCUGUCAGAGGAAGAGCUCAUCCAUCACCUACUGAUGCACGGCCUAGGGUGCCUGUUCUGCCCACGUACUUUCCAUGACAUUAAAGGUCUUUCAGAGCACAGUAGGACCAUGCACCUGGGGAAGAAGAAGGUGCCUGUGGAUUAUAGUAACAAAGGUUUCCAACUGGAUAUUGAUGCCAACGGCAACCUGCUGUUUCCGCAUCUUGAUUUCAUUACCAUGUUGCCAAAGGAAGAGUUAGGGGAGCGGGAAGUCUACCUGGCAAUACUGGCCGGGAUACACUCCAAGUCACUCGUGCCGGUGUAUAUUAAAGUGAGGCCUCAGACGGAUGGUGCUCCUGGGGUUCCCAGCAAACAGGUGUUGACCUGCCCCUUUUGCUUUGGCACUUUUGUGACAACCGAGGCGUACGAACUGCAUUUGAAGGACAGGCACCACAUCACACCAACAGUCCACACAAUCCUGAAGUCUCCGGCUUUCAAGUGCAUCCACUGCUGUGGGGUCUACACUGGCAACAUGACCCUGGCAGCCAUCGCCAUCCACCUGCUGCGCUGCAGAAGUGCCCCGAAGGACAGCAGCUCAGACCUGCAGGCACAGCCUGGCGUCAUCGAACACAGUGAGCUGCUGCUCGUCAACGGUGAGGUGCUGCAGGACUCCAGCUCUCCUGUCAAGAGAAAGCUUCCUGAGGGCCACUUUGGGGCAGAAGGCCAGCGGGAAGGGGAGCAGCGGCCUCUGGCCACAGACACUGACGCGCCCCCGGCUCCAGAGAAGGUGAUGGGUGUCGUGCCUCUUAAGAGACAAAGGAAUGAAAGCAGGACGGAGGGACCACUUGUUAAUGACGACGCUCUGCAGAUUUUAGCAUUAAACCCCCGAAAAUAUGAAGACCGUUCUUAUGAAGAAAAAAAGCAGUUCCUUAAAGAUUAUUUCCACAAGAGACCCUACCCCAGCAAGAAGGAGAUCGAGCUGCUGUCCUCGCUCCUGUGGGUGUGGAAAAUUGACGUGGCUUCGUUUUUUGGAAAAAGAAGAUAUAUUUGCAUGAAAGCAAUAAAAAGUCACAAGCCUUCUGUCCUCUUAGGCUUUGAUAUGUCUGAACUUAAAAAUGUUAAACACAGAUUGAACUUUGAGUUUGAACCACAAAACCUGUAAAACAAUUAGGAAAUUAGUAGUUUUUUCAAUUGAGAUUUUUAUAAAUGUUAUUUUCUUCACUGUAUGUUGAACUAAUCAAUUUCAGUGGUCUUUAUGCUGCUCUUUAGAUAUAUUUCAGGUGCUCAGCAGGACUUCCACGUGAAGGAGUGAUAGUUCUCAGAGUCACAGCCCCCGCGGCUGGGUCAGUCACAGUGACUGUUCGUCCCCUGUCAAGUGAUUUGGGUCGUGUCCGUGCACGCCGUGCUCUCCCAGCAGUGCGGGCAUGUUCUCCACGCAAGGACAUUGUAGCUUGUUUCAGAAUCCUUAAUUAAUUGCAGAUUCAAGCUCUGAUCUCCCUCAGCUUCCCAGGCAGCCGCAGAUGGUGCAGUGACGUUCAGAGAAGUGAGCAGCCGUGCUGUGUGCGGCUGCUAAGGGCUCGUGCGCUCACUGCCCUGGUUCCUUCUGUGAGAUGCUCGCUUACUAGAGUGUGAUUUUCAUUUACAGCUUUUUAGGUUUGUCUUAGCCGUUUUUGAUCAUAACUCAUAGAAAACCAAAUGUUUUCAUUUGUUAAAAAAAUAUACUGAACCUGAAGUCUGGUAUUUUAGCUUGUAAGUCAAGAGUUAUUUUAGAAAUAAAGUAAUUCUUUUCAGUGUAGCCUUCCCCCUCUUUUUGAUAUGGUGAUAAGUCGUUUUUCAUUCAAAGGUAAGACAGUAAAUCUUUAGUGCCUUUAGAAUAAACACUGAAAACACACACGGACUCUCCUGCUAACCUAACUACUCAUAAACCAGUGAAGGGGAAGGACCAUGUUACUCAGGAAUACAUUUUUUACCCCUGAGUGUGGAUGCUGAAAUGUAAACAUAGGUCUUCAGGGACAAGGGGAAACCAGUAGACCAACAGCUAUAAGCUCCAUGGUUGGGCCAUGAAUUUUUGACAGUUUCCUAGAAAUAAGUGUGUACCUACUGGGGAAGAGGGUGUUCCGUGGCCAGCGUCUGGCUACCGGGAUGGGUGUGGCGAAUGAACUCCACUGUGUUAUCGUUCUUUGGGCAGUAGUUAGACCGCAGUUUUGUCACAUGAUAACACGGCAUAGAAGAGCUCAGUGCACCAGAACCAGUGAAGGAGACCAGCCAGGUUAGACCUUGAGUCGUACUUACUGCUGGUGGCACACAGCAUACGCACCUGUCCCGUGUAUUCAGAGGAUAGGACGGUCUCUGGGAAAUAAGAUAAUGUUACUUAUGGAUUUAAAAUAUAAUACCUGCAUGUAAUUGCUAUAAUGUGCAUUUUUGAGGCGGUUGUGAAACUGGUCUGUGAUUGUUGGUGUACUCUGUU